GGCAGGCAGGCUGGUGGAAAAAACUGCAGCGGCUGUUGAGAGCCACGCAGAGAGAAGCUGUGUACGAAAACCACUCGGACUGCUAGGAGUUGAAACACACAUACACACCCGGAUUUUCGUUAUUCCUGCCGAGGAGGCCGUUGUCAAAACAGGAUUAUGGCAGUCAAGAGUUUGUAGUGUCGACGGGGAAGACUCAGCCGGAGAGGGAGACUGCCUUACAGGCUUAAAACACCCCGUGGCUGUGUCUGAAUCAGCCGGUUCUGGUACUUCUGGACUUCUAAUACUGAAGACAUCAGGGAGCUGCAAAGCCUGGUGGGUUCCUGUGGUAGGUGUGCUGGGCUCAAGGAAUGACUUGGACCCCAUGGCUGCUGCUGCUGCUUGAUUCAUUACACUGUCCAGUGUCUGUCUGUUAGGCCUGAGGCCUAAAUAGUGUCCAGCUGUGCUCUACUAGAGUUUGUACCUGUAGCUUUUGGCUCCAUGGCGGGGUUUCCUGUUCACUGACUCAGCAGGCUGCCUCAUUGGACCAGCAGCCAUGUCCGCCUGCAGCACCUUCACCGAACACGUGUGGAAACCUGGCGAGUGCAAGAACUGCUUCAAACCCAGGAGCCUGCACUGCCUCGGUCAGAGUGGUGGAGGGAAGGCUUCUUCUGAGAAGAGGCCUCCACCACCUCAACAGGCAAAUCAGGCGCCCGCUGGGGCCAGGGCCAAUCCUAGCCUUACCAACACCUCCCAGAGAGCUGCCAGUGUGUCUACCCGCUCUGGACAUUUUCGUCCACCAGUGGCCAAGAAGCCAACCAUUGCUGUCAAGCCUACUAUGAUGUUGCCUUGCUCCUCAGUAGGCCUAGAUUCAGAGGGCAACCUACAGCGACCACCAGAUGCUGGGGAACAGGGCAAAACAUCAGCCUUCACAGUCUGGAAUCGCAAUGGGCUAAACCGUAAAAGACCUGGUGAAUCCAGUAACAACAACGAAGGGGAGGAUGCCAGUGAGGAGAUAGAGGGUUAUGGACAACUGAGCCCUCGGGCCCCUAGUGGAAAUAACAACAAUAGUGGACUGACUGAUGUUCUGAAGGAGAUAGCUGGGCUCGGCCCUGGCUCUAGCCCCACCCCUCUGUCUGGUUCCAAGGACUUGUUUUUUGGACGGAUCAGUAGCUCAUACCGGCGAUCUUUAGAGAGGGGCCUUCCUGCCUCAAGCUGCUUGGCCAUAGGCAGCAGUAGUGGUGGAGGAGGGUCUGCCCAAAAACAUGUGUCCCUAAGCAAUAGCACAGAGAUUAUUAGCACUGAGGGUGGUCGCUUCUGCUACCCAGAGUUUUCCAGUGAGGGUGAAGAAGAUGAGGAAGAGGAGGAGGAAGAGACUGAAGGGGAUGAUGUUGAACAUGAAAGCUGGGAUGAAAGUGAUGAAGAGUUACUGGCCAUGGAGAUCCGCAUGCGUGGCCAACCACGAUUUGCUAAUUUCCGUGCUGCCACAUUGUCUCCAGUGCCAUUUGCUGCAGGGAAAAAGUGGAAUACUGUGCCACUACGCAACCGCUCACUGCAGCGGAUUUGUGCUGUGGACUAUGAUGAUAGCUAUGAUGACAUCUUGAAUGGAUACCCUUCCAUGGAGUCCAAUGGGGCUCUCCUCCCUUAUGGACCUAGCGACAUUCAAGGCAGUGGGUUCCUCUCAAAUUCAACUUCAGAGUCCACUACUUCUCCAGAAUCCUCCUCAUCAUUGCCAGAGGACUCACGGACAACUUCCAGCAGUGGGAGCAGUGCCCCCUGUGCUCUAAGAAAUGGCCUGCACUCUCCUACAUCUCCUAAGGUACCCCUUCCUUGCACUUCUCCAAAGAAGGAGCCUGCCCACCGAGCACUGAAUUCGCCCAGAAUGACUGAAACACAUAAGGCUGUCUUGGCCAUUAGAUUAGAUGAUCAGGAUGGCAGAGAAGGCAUGCCAAUGCCACAAGCCCUUCCUGGUCAACCAGUCACUAUCAGUUUUAGUCCCACAGAGGAGCAAGCUAAGCCUUAUCGUGUGGUCAACCUGGAGAAAUCUCUGAUCUGUAAGCCUUACACCGUAGUGGAUGUGUCAGCAUCCAUGACCAGUAAAGACGAACAGAUUCCAGACUCUACUCCAAAGCCCAAGACCCCAUCCAUGUCUUCUAGCUCUGCCUCAUUCCCAAGCACUCCCUUAGGCCAGCCUCUGUCCCCAACCUCCCCAAUUUCCCCAUCUUCCCCUGUCUCACCAACAUCACCCACCUCUGUGGUUUUGGCAGGUAACUCCCGUAAGAAACCAGGGAGCAUACGCUACCAAGAGGUCUGGACCUCAAGCACCAGUCCUCGCCAGAAGAUCCCCAAAGUGGAUCUAGGGGCUGGGAGUCCACCUGGGCCUGCCAUCCCUCCUCGAUAUUGCAGUCAUAAGUCAGCUCCCACUUCUCCCAUUGCUGGGCUGUCUUCCUCCCGCACUGUACCUGUAAAAUCUCCCAAUUUAUCAGAGAUCAAGUUCAACAGCUUCAAUAAUGCAGGCAUGCCUCCUUUUCCCAUUAUUAUCAGGGAUGAGCCGGCCUAUGCCCGCAGUUCCAAAAAUGCUGUCAAAGUACCUAUUGUCAUAAACCCAAGUGCUUAUGACAAUCUCGCUGUAUACAAGAGCUUCCUGGGACUCAGUGGGGAGCUACCACAGCCAAAAGGUGCAGGCAGCAGAGUGGCCAGCCAUACUUAUGAAGAGAUUGGGUCGUCAGAGAGUGUACAGUCCUCUUCAACAGAGAAAACCAUCUCUGGUAAAGGAACAUCAGAGAGAGUUUCCUUUGAAGAGGCAAAACCUCCACCCGAAGCAGCCUCAAAAGCACCAAAUUUCCAUUCCAGAACCACUACAGAUACUAGCACUGUGACAAGCACCGUGAUCAACACUGCAGUUGGUGCCACCUCUCCUACUACACCAAGUUCUCCUGCUGUUCUUGCCAUAACUGCAAAUCUUCCUAAAAGCAGCCCCACUACCAAUGCGACUGCAAACUCUCAGUUAGGUGGAGACACUCUUUGCAGUAAAGAGGGGAAUACAGAUUUUGCUUUAUCCUUUGGGACAGGGGCAAGCCAUCGUGAGGAGGCCAGUGCUGUGCUUUCCCAGAUUGUAGCCUCCAUCCAACCUCCUCAGUCCCCUCCAGAGUCUCCUUCAGCACAGGCCAAAGUUUUCAAUUCUGAGGAGCUCUAUACCAUCCCACCUGAUGCCAGCAAGGAUAAUCUCACCAGACCCAAGUCUCUCUUCUCCACAACUGACAGGUGUCUUUCCAAACCCAAGAAAGACACACCCUCAAAGCUAUUGUCAAAAUCUCAGAGUGCCUCUGCUGCCGUCCCACUCCCCAGCCCCAAGUCAGAACCUAAUGCCCCCUUCCCUCCUCCCAGGUCCACCUCCUCCCCUUAUCAUGCCUCUAACAUCCUCCAGAGACAUUUUGGCAACUGGACCAAGAGCUCAGCCUCCAGCUCUCCCAUACGACCCAGUGAAGGUGAAUCUAGUCUUAGUGGAGGAGAGGGGAGACAAACGUUAACAGAAAGCACCAAGCCCAAACGCUGGAUCUCAUUCAAAAGCUUCUUCCGCCGGCGGAAGGAUGAAGAUGAGCAGAGGGAAAAGGUAGAGAGGGAGAAGGAGAAGGGCAAGUUGGUUGGGCUUGAUGGAACAGUCAUUCAUAUGCUACCACCACCUCCAAUCCAACAUCAUCAUUGGUUCACUGAGGCUAAACCUGAGGAUCCCAAACAGAAGCCAACCAUCAUUUUCACUUACAAACCAGACAGUAACAGCACUUCUGGUGAUGGGGAGGGAGAACUACGAGUAGAGGAAUGCAGAGAAACUGCACUGCUUACACCUGAGGAGAGCAAGGAACCCAGACUGCUGAGCCCAGGGCGAACAACAUCCUCACAUACCACAGGAAGUGAUCUUACUAGCAAGGGCAUCAGCCAGGUACCAGUCAGUGCCAGUGAAGCCAGGGAUCGGGAGUUGCCUGGUGCCGCUUCCCUGCCUGCCAAACUGAAUCUGGGGCUGGGGCUUGGGGAGGAGGAAGAGGGCCAUGCCAGCCCUGUCACCACACCGGCUUCAUCCAACGAGGGCAGUGCCAGCCUUGGCGACCCAGAGGAUGAGGGAAACCCCUCCCAUCCUUCCCACUCUCCCGCCUCCAGCUCCUGCAGCGCCACCUACAGCAACCUAGGUCAAUCCAGAGCCAACAUGAUCCCACUGAAACAGCCACGGAACAUCAAAGCGUCUGACGACACCCUGGCCUCAAUUGACCUGGAUGGCCUUGCUGACCCGCCGGUCCCAAAGGCCACACCACCGCCGCUACCCAAGAAGGCCGUCCCUCGCUCCAGUACAGAGCCUAGCCUAGGAGGCAAGGAGCCACUCCAGGGGGCCCUGAAACCCCGGGCUGAGGCCAAACCAGGGGGCACCAACUUGAGUGUGGCAAACCCCCUCUACGACCUUGACUCCACCUGGGAGACAGCCAGCCAGAGUUCCUCACUCAGCUCUGAACCCCACCGAACCCACGACCAGGAGAGCGGUGAUUCCCUGGAGAGGCCAGCAGGUGCCACCACCACCAGUAGGGGGCGUCCAGCUAACAGCAUGUCCAACCUGGUUUCCCAACCAGCUGCUGCACCCAGUGCCACCACUGGGAGGGACAGAAGGGGCUACCGGAGUGCAGAGUCCCUGGCCGCAAGGGUUCGGACAACAGGCAGAGGAACUGCUGCUGGAGGAGGAGGAGGCUCCAAACCUCAUAGGCCCGCUCUGUACAGGGGUAUGGACAGUUGGGAGGAGGUGGUGGGGAGGAUUCGGGGGCUCCAUACUGACACGCUGCGGAAACUGGCAGCCAAGUGCGAGGACCGCUUCAUGGCCGGCCAGAAGGACCACCUGCGAUUUGGCACAGACAGCUGGUCCCACUUCCGGCUGACCACUGGGAAACCAUGCUGUGAGGCAGGGGAUGCUGUUUAUUACACAGCUUCGUACGCCAAGGACCCACUGGUCAACUAUGCAAUCAAGAUCUGUCGGAGCAAAGUGAAAGAGACCCAGCAGCAGUUUUUCCACAGCCUGGCAGUGAGACAGAGCCUGGCCCUCCACUUCAACAUCCAACAGGACUGUGGCCACUUCCUGGCCGAUGUCCCUGCCCGUCUGCUGCCCUGGGAGGAGGAAGAAGAUGAGGAGGAGGAGGAGGAGGAGAAUAAGAACGAACAUGGAGACAAGCUGCAAGAGAAAGAGAAAGAGAGCGAGAUUAAGACUGAAAACAACCUAUCUGACCCUACAACGUCAGCUCCAAAUGGUAAAUCAGAUGAAACCCCAACAACGGGGCAUAUCAGCAACGCUGGUCGCUUGAGGAGCCGAGUGGUGGUUAUCACACGUGAGGUGCCUUUCCAGACUGUGGCUGAUUUUGUCCGAGAAGGCGUGACUCGACAUGCCCAUAACCCAGAGCUGUAUGAGCGGCAGGUCUGCCUCCUGCUGCUUCAGCUAUGCUCUGGCCUGGAGCACAUGAAGCCCUACCACGUAACCCACUGUGACCUGCGACUAGAAAACCUGCUGCUGGUCCACUGCCAACCUGGCAACUCCUGGAACCUAGACUUACUUGAGCCCAACAACAACAGCAACAGCAGUAGCUCCUCUGGUGCCAGCACCACUGCCACUGCUGCUGCUGCCACUGUUGCUGCCAAUGCCACCUGCCCAGCCCGCCUUAUCAUCAGUAACUUCUCCCAAGCGAAACAGAAGAGCACUCUAAUGUCAGCUGACCCUGGUACGCUGCGUGACCAGUCGCGCCUUGCACCCGAGAUCGUCACAGCUACCCAGUACCGCAAGUGUGACGAGUUCCAGACUGGGAUCCUCAUCUAUGAGAUGCUGCACAGGCCGAACCCCUUUGAGGAGACACCCGAGCUUAAGGAGAGGGAGUACACCUGGGCUGACCUGCCACCGCUGCCUGUCCGAUCACUCUAUUCCCAGGGUCUGCAGCAGCUGGCCAGUCUGCUGCUCACAGUCAACCCCUCUGAAAGAAUCCGUAUGGCCGAGGCCCGGGCCUGCCUCCAGUGCCUGCUUUGGGGGCCUCGGGAGGACUUGUUCCAUGCACUGGGUUGCAGCAACACAGGCCCCAUGUCGGCAUCCACAUCCAGCCAACAUGAGGCCACCCUCCAGAACUGGCUAGACCUGAAGCGGACACUUAUGAUGAUCAAGUUUGCAGAGCGCUCGCUGGACACAGGUUGUGGCGUGAGCUUGGAGGACUGGCUGUGCUGCCAGUAUCUGGCAUUUGCCACCACAGACACCCUUAGCCGUGUGGUGCACAUCCUGCAGCAGCCUCAGUCACAGCCCCCUCCUCAGCCCCAGAACCAAUCCCAGUCACUGCACCUACCACACAGCCAAGUCCCAACCCAAACCCAUCUAACCCAGACCUUUCAACUAACCCAGUCCCAGCCACUCUGAACUGCUCCGCCCCACCGUCACUAUGGCAACUGAUCCUUUUUCCCCUCCAAGGUCCCUCCGCUGAUGCUAGUGUGUGAUGACAGCUAUUAGUCAGCCCUUGUGUUCAGUGUCCUCAGUGCUCAAUACUAAAUAACUGGUUGUGCAUUUUCUGUAUUUGUUUGUUUGUCAAUCUAUAAAGCAGUAAUAUGGAGGCUGUGGUGUCCAUGUAACGACUAGACUUCACCAUCAGAGAAAUCCAUACCACUUGGAUUAUCAAUAGUUCAGUUUAGACUGUCAUGGAUGACAGUUUAAACUGAAGUGGUUCGCUGAAGCUGUUUGCGCAGUGGCAAGUCGCUGCAGUAAUUUUAGCUCUUUGCAACAACCUUAGCGGACCACUUCUUUCACAGCCAAGACUUUGUGCUUCUUCAGCUACACGGAUCUUGUGUGUGUGUAGUAACACUCUGCCAAUCAAUACUAGAUCAGAGAGGUUCUACCUUGGAGGGAGGAACGUCUGCGGGAUUUUUUGAUAUUUUUUUCUGCCAAGCUCCGCAAGACUGUGGAGUUGUGAUGUGUAAUCAAAUGUGCUGGAGACCCCUUUGGAAAACUGGGCUGCAUACACAUACACUGCAUGUCAACUGUUUAUGGAGUUCAUUGUGGCACUGUCACAUUGAUUAAAUUGAGAUUUUGUGGUAUAACAAAUUUCCAUUUUAUACAAGGUUCAUUAGCCAUUUGAAAACACAUCCCAUUUACAUUUCCUGGGAAACAAGGUGUCUUGUGAGGAGAUACGUGUAUUAAUUUUUUUAAAUGUGUUUUAUUUUGACAUCACAUUUCAAACCACUGGCUUUAAAUUUCCAAAAUAAUAAUAAUAAUACAAAUGAGACAUGAAGGGAGAAUUUUGGAAAUGAAGGGAAUGGGAGAAAAUUGGCUUUCUGAUCAUUGCUGAAUGGAGUAUGACAUCCACUUACAGAAACAUGAUAGAGAUUAGUCCUGUUUAAAAUCAUUAUUAACAAGGAUGAGGUUUUUUUUUUGUUUGUUUGUUUGUUUGUUUACCAAGACUGAUAUGCAAAAAUGAAUUGCCAAAGAUCUGCCACACAUUCUCCAUUUAGAGUAUUUUAGGAGAAAGGCUUUUACACAUUUUUACACAGAGAUGUUCAUCAUAAAGUGACUGACGUGGAAUUAAUCACAGACUAAGAGUCCAAGAGUCUGAGACACAAUUCAGAUUAGUGACAUUUGUUUUCAAUAUGAACCCUACAUACUACUCUGUCCUACAAAGGCAAACACCAGCUAUUACUCUUAGGUGUUUUUAAAGCCCAAAACACUAGAUUUUAUUUAACAGAAACUGAAAUUAUAUUCAGAAAUGUUAUUGUAGCAUAUAUAAUCCACUUCUGUACCAACAAUACAGCAGUCUUUCCCUUUUCCUAUUUUUUUUUUUCCAGUUUUACCGCUCUUUGGCUUUGUAGGACAGCACAGUGUUUUCUGAGCACGAUUAAGAGGUUUAGGUUUUACAUGUUGAUUUUCUCACUAAUGUACUCGUUUUGAAGUUAAAAUGGGACAGAACUGCUGAGGCAGUUACUUUGGUUUCUUGUUGGAGUAUGUGCAAUUAAUAUUUUUAUGUUUUGUUAUUUCCUUCGGAGGUAACAGAAUUUGAACAUUUUUGUACUCUUUAUUACAUUAUGCAACCUUUUACCUAUCCUCACUUCCAUUUCUCUGGCACAUAAACCGACGGAAAUGUCUGGCAAGACACAGUCAGAUCUCACAACUUCAGGAUCAAAAUCGAGAGAACUACAGAAAGUGUUUCAUCACUAUGGACGGGAGACAGGUUUUUCAGGGACUGCAAGAUCUGCUUUUGUUUUUCUAUUGUGUUACUAAUAUUAAGUUGUCAUGCUGUUUUUGAAUGGUUCUGGGUUAUGUUUAACAUUUGCACAUUCAGUUUGAAUGCUGGCACUCCCAGAUGGAGAUUGGGACUCAAGACAUCGGGACUGGUGCAGGAGAGGUCAAGAAAAGUUCCCCUUUGCUUGAGGAACUUGGCUUUGAUUUGUUUAGAAGUUUGUGGAAUGGACUGGACUGUUAGAUCUGGACUGCUGAACCUCUACCCCCAGAAAGUACACAGCUUUUUUGAGGGCAUUUUUCCAAUUCAGCCACUUCACAAACUUCUGGUGUAUAUGCACAGUCACAGCCUUAACACACCUCCCAAUGAGAGAAACUAUCAAACCACUGAGACUUGUUUCCAUUCCACCACCUCCUUGUUUCCCAUCCUCUCCUAUCUAGCCAAUGAGUUGCCAGAUUGUGCAUUGUUGCCUACUGCUUGUUAUUCACAUGCAGCAUGAGUGCUGCAUUAUUGCCCAGUAAAUGACAGCCUGGAAUCAAUGGAAAGAACACAUGCACACAAGCUGCAGCUUCACCCGUGCACAGACAAUAUAAGAAACUAUCAGCAUAACAAUGGGUUUAUUUGUGGUUAUGGCGGACAAACAAAUGCUUACAAAUUUCAACAUGUAGAAAGAGGCCAUAUUCUCAAAAAUGUUCUUGGUGUAAUUUAGUCUACACAUAAAAUUCCUUAAUGUACAUCCUGGUGGAGCUCUCAAACUGAAAAGCAACAGUAUUAUUUUCAUAACAAUGCAGAGGCUCAGCAUCCACACUUUUAUUUAAUUCUCUCUCUGGUUACAUUAAUUUGCGUUGUUGUACUUUUUAACACUAAUCUACAGUUGGCACAACUGCCUCUCUCCACCAUCAGUUGGAAACUUCAGCAAUUUAGCUUGUCACUGGGGAAAUGUACUUUUAGGAUUAGGAUCCCGUGUGAAAGAGUUUUACUGCAGACAUACAAGACUUUAUGGUCCAUGGAGCAAAUUGAGACAAAGCAGAUGUGCAUUUUGUUGUUGCAUUUAAGGGUUUAUGUUCAAAGGAAUGUGUGUCGACAGCACUGGUGGCUGUCCUUGUAUCUAGAGAUUCAAACCUUCAUAUAUAUAUCUUUAUCUAUUUUAAUCCACACACUAUUUUGUCGAGUACAGAGCACCUCUAUAUGAGUCUUUAGAGAGACUAUCCUUUGUCCAUUUUUAAAGCUUUACUUGACUUUCUUCAGUCCUAUUUGUUUUGGGAGAAGAAAACGGUGAGUAGUUAUCACUGUCCUAAACAAAGGCUAAAAAAAAAAAUCCUUCUGGCCAUGGGGGAAGGAGCAUUAAUGUGCAUGGUCAUGUACAAUAUAUUUACUUACCCCUUUUGUAAAUCGAAUGCCUAGGAGUUUAACCACUUUGAAAGAGUACCAGACCAAAGGAUGGCUUUUGAAUGCACCAUUGAAAUCCAUCCUUUCUUUCUUUCCUUUCUUUUUUGUUGGUUGUUGUGUUUUGUUUUGUUUUGUUUUGUUUUGUUUUUUUCAUUUACAUUGUUAGUUGCCACUGAACAGAAAAAGAGAAGCUCUCCAGGCUUUCUAUAUGUGUAUAUCUCCUGGCCUAACGCCAUUUAUUGUCAAUCAAGUUAACCAA